AUGGCGCCGUGGAGCAGGCGCGAGCUGGAGGCCGAGGACGCGAAGACCGCCAUCCCCGCCAAGGGGAAGCAGCAGAAGAAGCGCAAGCCGAGCAAGAAGAGUGACCUGUUCAGUUGGGUUCAGGGCGGGGUGAUGAACGCCGUGAGUUUCCUCUGGUUACGACGGUCGGCGGGUGGCUCCCUGGCAGUGUGUUUCCUGGGAUGGCGGGCCUGGAGGGUGCUGGGGCUCGGUUCUGUCCUCCAGACCGUCUACGAAUCCGUGUUGGCCGCGGGUGAGGUUGCUGAGGGAGCUCAUGAAUGGUAUGAGAAGGCCGAGGAGAUGUACGAAUCGGGAGACCUCGUGCAGGUCGGGAUGGCGCUCGGAGUCGGCAUCGCGGCACUCUACCUAGGGUACUUGGUGAUCAGCAGCGGGGCAGGCCUGGGGCGACUGUGGAAGGCGUGCGAGAGCGACAGCGAGAGCGAGGCCUCCGACUCAGAGGUCAUGGUGGGAACGACGGUGGCGGACUCGGACGACGAGCCCGACUCACGGCACUUGUUCGCGGAGCUGGUAAGAGGGCAGAACACACUACAGGCUUCUGUCGCCGCGCUGGCCGACCUACUGGGCCAGAGGGGCAAGGGUGAAGGUGUCCUCUGCUUCCUGGGGCAGGAGAAGAUGGGCGUCAGCGGGACGUGGACGUCGGCUACGCUACUGCACAGGACGCUGAUCAACAGGCUCUGGGAGCUGCUGGCGGAGCGCGCCAGCUGGGCUUACAUGACGGACGCCUCGGAGUUCGGGUACGGGGCGGUCGUGACCGAGGUCACCGCGACGGAGUGCAGGAUGGAGGCGGAGGUCGAGGCGCUCUGGGAGGAUCUCACCAGGCUCGAGGAGGUCUUCACUUUUCGGACGGCCACGGAGACUGGGUGCCUGACGAUGGUUACGAACGACGGGCGCUUCGGGGCCCUGCAGUGCGAGCAGGAUCGCAAAGCAGUGCAGGUGGAGGCGACGGAGUUCAGGCACGGCUCGAAGUGGAGGACUACCUACUGCGAGCAGGUGCUGAAGAUCGAGCCGCGCUGGGACAUGACCCUGCACUACUGCGAGUACGACGGGACCUACCACGUCGACAUGGUGAGUGGUCACCGCGCCGACGAGUUGGGGGAGUACGAGGACGUCGACUACGAGGAGCUCUACUGGACCCUGGAGACGCUGGCGGCGAACCGGGGCGUGCGAUCCAGGCCGUCCUGGAGCUGGCUGCUGGUUAUCUUGGGCGGCCUACACGGAGCAGGUGCAGCGCUGGCUCUCAUCAUCCUGGACUUGUGCCACGCCGGGUGUGUCCAUGAGGCGUGCGCGGUCCUGGUGCAGCUCGACGGCUGGCUACGUGAGCAGGUACUGAUGGAGCUGACGAAGUGCGUGCUGCUCACCCUCGCCGAGGAUCUCGCAGAUGAUGAGCUCGUCUUCCCGAUCACCCCCGACAAGUAUCGCAGGUACCUGUGGGCCCUCCGUGUGGAGGGCUGUUUUCUGCAUGACGUUGGCGAGUGA